AUGCGACCACCAUUGCCGGGUUAUGUGAGACACGAGACGGCGAUCACUUCAAUGAUCCCCGGUAGCAGUCAAAGUUUGGAUCGAGGUAGUUCAAGUCGAAACUUCUCGAAUUCGAACACGAGCGGAUCUCGCGCCUCAGUGUACACCGUGCGGUAUGCUGUACCAUACAAACAAUCAGUUUCGCCGAAUGGUUCUUCACAGAGGGCUCCUCGUUACAAUGAGAAUGAUUUGAAGGCUGAAAAUCUCAGUUAUCGAGUGAAAAUUUUGGAGGAUGAGAACAAUCGAUUAUUGCAGAGACAGGGGGAAAUUCUCACAGAUUCGAAUCGACGAGUCGAGAUGCACGUUAACGAGAUUAAAAUGCUGAAAAAUGAGGUGAAAAUGCUGAAUGCGCAGAAUAAAGAGCUACGCGAGUUGUGUUGCUUUUUAGAUGAAGAUCGCAAAAAGUCGAAACAACUCGGAAAGGAAUGGCACAAGCUGGGCAAGUACACGAGUCAUCUCAUGAGACAAGAAGUGGCCACGUAUCAACGCCGACUGCAAGGCAGCGAGCAACGGGAAAGGGAAAUGUUGAGAGAAAAUGAGGAACUCCGACAAUUGUGUUUGUAUUUGGAUGAGCAGCGACAAAUGUGGAUGAGUCAUCGAAAAGAAAAUGAUCGACUAGAUGAACAGAGACAACGAGAUGAAGAGGAGUUGGCCGAAUCGGGUUGUGGCGGAAGUGAACGAAGCUCGGACAGUCCUCCCUCGGAAUCUCAAAAGAUCGAACAAUUCUCGUUAUCGAUUGACUCAAACAAGGAAGAUGCUCUUCGUAAACUCUCUGACAUGUUGCCACAAACCUCUGAAACAUUUUGUGGAGCGCUGGCCUCAUUGAGAACCCAGACAGAAGAUCGAGUGAUUGGCUACAUACAAACGUUGGAGAGUCGAAUCAAGCAAUUGGAGAGACUUCAACAACAGGAUCACCAAAUUUGGGCCUCGUCAUCGGAUGUGGCAUCGGAGGAGGCGGAGAAGACAAUCAUUGAACGAGAAUGGACAAAUGGAGGAGAUCGGACACCCGUUGAGGGAAUCACACAAAAUAUCAACAAUCCAUUGAUGAUGAUCAGCAGUACAAGUACAAUGACCUCUUCUGGUACAACGUAUGCGAGUUGGGAAACAGACAAUGAGAGCGCCGUUUAUGUGAUUGGUGAUGAGAAAGAGAUGGAUGAGAAGAAUGAGACGAUGAGGACAUUGCCAGUGAUUAGAGAGGAAGACGAUCUCGCAAAGUCUCGUGAAGAUCCCUCCGAUUCGCCGCUUCCUCCAAAGAUGGGACCGCUUAGUUUGAGUACGCUUUCGGUUGGUCGUCUUUAUGGAGAUUUUUUGGAUAUACCGAGAAGAGCUCGAGCUGUCUCUGCUGAGAUACAAAGAACUUUCUAUGAGACGGAGAGAUCAGCGUCAAUGGAUGACGCUCCGCGUCUCCUCCAUCUCCAUCAACUCUCAAAUGGACUCGAUUUUGAUGAACAGGUUUCCCCAAAAAUCGUCAUCAAACGACACUCGUUUCAAGGGGAAUUAAUCGAAUAUCAGAGUCAAGUU